AUGUCGUCGCGCAUGCUCCUCCAGGACGCCGAGGCCGGCGACAGCGUCGUCGCGAAGGUCGCCCUCCUCGACGGCGACGCCCCUGCCGCCGGCCAGGAUGCAUCCUCCGGCUACCUCGAGCUCUACCACUGGCGCCUGGUCCAGGCGAUGCAGUCCCAGAUCCACUCUGCAUCCCUCGCGAACGACCGGCUCUUCGGCAGCCCCGCCACGCCCUGGACGGGCAACACGGACGGCUCGUCAGGCGUGCACCUGCCGACCGAGUCCCCGCUGACGCGGGAGACGGCGGCGCACAGUGCGCACUCGGUGCCCGCGUGGCAGAGUCCGUCCGUGGCCGACGGAGCGACGCCGUUCAGCGGCGGGGGCGGCAGCUCGCACCACCUGCGCGCCACGAGCAGCUCGCGGUCCCUCCGGGGGAGUUCCGUCAACACCCCCCUCGCCUCGUCCGCCAGCCGCGGCUUCAUCCACACCACGUACCCGCCCUCCGCGGGGACGCCGCUGCCGGCGCUCGACGAGCACCACUCGCACUCCGUCUCGGAGCUCCAGCACCUCGACGACGAGAUCGCCCAAAUGAACCACGAACUGGGCGCCAGCGCAGCGAACGACACGCCGCUGCCCGCGGCUCACGACGUGUACGGAGUCGGGGGGGGCCGUCGGAGCGGCUCGCACAGCCGCGUGUCCGCGGGCGAGGUGUCGUCCGCGGCGAGGGAGGCGCCGCAGGUACCCGCCACGCCCGCGGUGACGCCGGCGGCGGGCAUUGCGGGUCUGAUUGGCCCCGAGAGCCGCCGCCGCAUUUUGACGGGCGUCUCGCUGCGGGGGCUUCCGCUGUCGCCGGCCAUGCGCGAGGCCAAGGAGCGGAACGAGAAGGUCACGGACGUCGAGGACCGCGCUCGGCGCGACGUCGAGAGCGCCGCGAAACCGAAGCCGAAAAGGGCCACCUCGGAGCGCACGUGGCAGGACUCGCUGCGGAAGUUCGCGCUCGCCACUCCGGACACGGCCGCGCCCCCGCGCCCCAAGCGCGCCGCCACCUUCGUGGUAGAACAGCGCAAGUCCCCCAUGGGGGAGUUCGAAGCCACGCCCGUCGCCGUCACGCCGGCGCCCCUCCAGGCCCUCCUGCACCGCGAGCAAGCCGCGGACGCCCCCAAGCCGGACGUCGUUGAGGUCGCGGAGACCCCAGCCGGGGGGGAGGGUGUGGGUGUCACAGUCCCCCCCGCUGCGGCCGCGCGGCCUGCUCGCGCGCGGCACGCCCGCGUCGGCUCGGAGCUCAUCGACUACGAGCACGCGGCGCCUGCGGUCGAGGUGUUCCAGGACAGCACCGGGCCGUCGCCGCUCGGCUCUCCGCUGCACGGAUCCCCCCCGACAGCGGCGCCGACCGCCACGCCGCCGGGCGACCCGGAGCCGGCGCCGCACGGCCCGACGCCGACGCCCGCGCCGCUCAACUUCAUGACGCCCGCGCGGGAGCAGCCGGAGUCCCCCGCCCCGCCGCCCGUCGCCGGCAACAUCACCCCGGAGGAGUUAUUCCCUGCGCACUCCCAGAGCGCCCGGGAAGCCUCGGUCGACGGCGACGACCGCGGCAGCGGCGUCCUCGACGUCGUGCGGCCCUCCGUGGGCGCGCUCGCGCACAUGACGCCCCGGGCGGCGCGCCACGAGGCCAGUCUGACGUGCCUCCAGAGCGCCCUCGUCUGCGCGGGGAUGGCGGACGCGAUCGCCGGCGCGCUGGCGCGCGGCGGCUCGCACGGCCUGCGCGGCGUCUGGAGCUCCCCGACGCCGCCGGUCUCCGCGCGCCAGGAGCAGCGGCUCGCCCGCCAGGGCCUCUUUCGCGCGCGACAAGCCGUGUUGUACCUCGGGGACGCCCUGGGCGUCGUGUCGUCGUUCCCGCCGCAGAUGCGCGACGCGCAGUGGAGCGCGCUACGCAGCGAGCUCGGCGCCGCGGCCACCUCGCUGCACCAGACCGUCCGGCGCGCCACCGCGCACUACCGCGCCUUUCACGGAAGCGACCCGAUGCGCGCGGCGCGCGGAGCCGAGUUCCCCGACGCGGCGCGGUACGCCGACAUCGCGCUCGUGCGGUCCCUGCACGCCGUCGCGGAGUCCCCGUACGCCGCGCGGUCGCGCUCGCGGUCCCCGGUGUCUGACAGGAUGGUGCCGCUAGCGUCGCCCUCGGUGCCGUCGUCGGGGUACGGGCAGUCGCCGCCGCGGUCCGACAGGGGGAGCCUCGCGCCGCAGGACGUGGCGGUGAUGGGCUACGCGGACCUCGUGACCCGGCUGCAGCGGCUGCAGUCGCGGCACAGGGAGUCGCCGGUGCAGAGCGCGGCGGGCGGGGCGGUCGACGACGUGAGCCCGCGCGAGGAGAUGGCGCGCGUGCUCGACGAGUCGCUCCUCGUCGGGGAGAUCAUCCGGCGGUCGAAGGGCGGGAAGCCCGCGCGCCGCCCGAGCAAGCUGGGCACCAACGCCCCCCCCCCCAAGUCCGACUCGGAACUGGCGCGCAUCCCCACGCUGGACCCAGCCGGGAUCGAGGCCGACGCGAGCGCGCCCGCGUCUCUGCCGCCGCAGCCCCCGAGCGGCGCGCCCGAGGCCCAGUCGCGCCAGGGGUCUUUCGGGUUUCCGGCGCUGGCGGCUUCGCAGGCCACGGCCGAGGCGGCGCGAGGGAGCCUGACGUCGCAGGAGGAGCAGAUGGUCGAGGACGCGGUGGCGCUCGCGAUGAGCCUCGUUCGCGCGAUUCGCGUGGAGUCGUCGGCGAAGGCGACCCGGGAAGGCGCGCCUACGCCGGAGGCGGCGGCGGACGGCGCGGCGCGCUCGCCUGCGUUCGCGGUGCGGCGCGCGGGGCUGCCGAGCAAGCAGGCGAGCGGCAGCAACAAGCGGGGCGCUGGGGCGUGGGCCACGGAUAACUUGCGCCGCUCGCCCGGGCCGAAGUGGGCGCCGGACGAGCGGCUGCCCUUCGACGCCGUGCUGUCGGAGUCGGAGCAAGCCCGGCCCCCCUGUGCGCGGCGCAUCGCGGGGGAGUGA